CUAACUUUGAUUUUGUAGGUUAGUUCCUAGGAGAAACAACAGAAUUUUGACGUAUUUUACCUUGAAAUUGUUAAAGUCAUUGCCAAAUUGCAAUCUUGUAUCAGUUUCCUGGUAAAUCCUGACGAGCAAGUUAGUACUGCAUCAGCUUUGUGUAAUACAAGUUACAGUAAACAAAUACAAUGGAGUUUCCAGAUUUGGGUAAACAUUGUUCAGAAUCAACAUGUAAAAAACUAGAUUUCCUCCCAGUUAGAUGCGAUGCCUGCAGUCAAAUAUUCUGUAUGGACCACAUGACUUACACGGGACAUGCGUGUGAAUCGGCCUACAAGAAGAAUGUGCAGGUGCCUGUGUGUCCGCUGUGUAAUACACCAAUCCCCAGCACUAGAGGAGAUCCUCCCGACAUAGCAGUCAGCGCACAUAUUGACUCACAAUGCCAGUCGCAACCGGCCAAGAAUCGACGCAAGGUUUAUACACACAGAUGUGCGCUGAAAGGGUGCAAAUCGAAAGAGAUGAUAGCGCUGGUAUGCAACGAAUGCACGUUGAAUUUCUGCCUCAAGCAUCGCCACGCCUCCGAUCACAAAUGUCAAGGGAAAAAGGCGGCACUCAGCAAUAGAGCAGCCUCGGCAGCCGAAUCUCGCAGACAGUUGCAGCGUAAUAAUUCCAAUAGCAAUACAACCAGGACUAUACAGGGUGAUAUGGAUGAAGACGAGGCUCUAGCGAGAGCGCUUCAACUGUCUAUGAACCAAGAGGUGUCAUGGCCGCAAAGAAAUGAGCCAAUCACAGCGCACCAUGGGCGGAGCCAAGCAUCUAACAGCGGUUGCGUAGUAUCUUAGCGCUCCCCUGUUACAAACUGUAGAGAAAAGAUAGCAUCAGGCCGUUUAUGUCCUGAAUUUCUCUGCUAACUCAAGCUGAUUAAUGUCGACUACUGUCUAUUAUUAAUGUUUAAACACUAGGAUGUACAUUCAUAUCUCUAUAAUGAUUCAUGCUCACACAAGCCGAUAGUCCUAAUAGUUAUUUUUGCUCAAUAGUUUAUGGCAACAUUCAUGGUCAUUCACAAUAGAGUGAGGUCCACGUUAUAAUGGCAGUAUUUGAUUAACAUUGUGUUGCUAUCCUUGUCUAUCAUUCGACAAAGCAGAGAGCGCUAUCCCUUUCUAGCUCCACAUCGUUUUUCAACAAUGUAGA